ACAUAAUCACAUCGAUCAUUCACGGUAACCAUCGAAUCAAAUCAUCAAACAAAGGGACUCACAUACACACACAAUUAGAUCAUAAGUAGAAACAAAAGAACCAAAUUAAAAAGAAACUCAUGUUCUUCGAGCCUCAUAUCAAAAACAGAGCACCGUGGCAAUGGCAAUAACAAUGGCUUCCUCUGCCUCCACUUCGGACAUCGAAAUCCACAGCCAUCUCGGGUCCAAAACAUUUGACCAAAACGCUCCAAAAACCAAAAUCUCGGAACUUUCCAAGCCCUCCACACACUCCAUUUCUAACCAAAACCACAAUAAUCCCCUGCUUCUCACUCGCACACAAACAGAGACAGAGACAGAGACAAAAGAAAAAACAUAAAAAGCUUCCGUUUUUUUCUCCCACUGAUGUUCUUCACACUUCUAAAAACACCAGCAGCUCGAUUUCACACUGUUUUUAUCUGGGGCUCUGUUUUCUUUCCAACCCAUUAAUGGCGGAAAAUCAAUCCUCUGGUCGGGACCCAAAAACAGCAGCAGCUACCACUUUUUCUCAGCUUCUAUUCUUCGCAGAUCAUGAUGAAGAUGAUGAUAUCGAUGUUGAUAAACAUCAUCAUGUUCAUCACCAAAUCUUUGAGUACUCUGUUUCUUCAUCAUUCGCCAUUGAAAACCCCCCCAAGAUGCUCUGUUUCGGCACCAAACAAGAGCAAGAACAUCCCCAGCUGGGACUUAGAUCAGCCCACGCAUGCAGCGAUUCCGUAAAGAGAAAAAAUGGUUCAAACCCAGAAACAACCGCCAUUAAACCAGCUCCAUUGUCGAACCAGAAAGCUUCAAAAAAGACCAAACCUGAAGCUCCCUGUUCUGCCGGACAUGCAAAGAAGAAGGAGAAGCUAGGAGAAAGAAUCACAGCGCUACAACAAUUGGUUUCGCCGUUCGGCAAGACAGACACAGCUUCAGUUCUUCACGAGGCAAUGGGUUACAUCAAAUUUUUACACGAACAAAUUCAAGUCUUGUACAGUCCUUACCUGGACAAGAAUCAGCUGGGAGGAGGAAAUGGGGAAACGGAGGGGGAGCUGAAAGGGAGAGGGCUGUGUUUGAUUCCGGUGGAGUGUAGCUUGCAUUUGGCGAACUGUACGGUGGCGGACUUUUGGUCGCCGGCGAUGGCCAUGGGGAGGAAGCUCUGAGAAGGAAGGAGGGUUUUGUAGUUUGAUGUGUAUAUAGUUUUGGUGUUUUUUUUGAGUUAAAUGAAUCAGAAACAGAGCAGAAGAAGCUGUAAAUCGACAGUUCUUUUUUUGAUGGGAAAGAAAUAGAUGUGAAAAGAUGUUCUUUUUUU